UUUUAGGAUUCCCAAAAAUGCCUCGGCAAAUAACAGAAAUCAAGGAAUUCCUGAUGACUGCUCGAAGGAAGGAUGCGAAAUCGGUAAAAAUUAAGAAAAAUUCGGAUAAUGUGAAAUUUAAGGUGCGAUGCAGCAAAUAUCUCUAUACCCUUGUUAUCCAGGAUAAAGAAAAGGCUGAAAAAUUGAAGCAAUCAUUGCCGCCAGGUCUUCAGGUGAAAGAGCUGAAAUAAUGGAUAUGAUUCCGGUUACAAUAACUUGCAGUGAUUUCAGUUGCGGUGUGGUGUGUUAAUUUUGA